AUGAAGGAUAAGGAGAAAAAUAUCGAAAAAGGUGAGGAAGAACCACUCAAGGUCAAGGUGCCAAAAAGGAAAAAUUCGCUUGAAGAGCCUAUGCCCAUUCCAUUUUCAACUUUGGCUAAGAAGGCCAAGAAGCAAGAAGAACUUGACCCUAACAUGGUAGAAAUCUUUAAGAAUGUUGAAGCAACCAUUCCUCUCUUUCAAGCAAUUCAACAAGUUCCUAAAUAUGUCAAGUUCCUCAAAGAUGUUUGUACGCACAAAGACGAAAUUGUCAAGCUCAACAAAAGGCCGGUAUAUUAUUCUAUCUCUUCUCUAAUUCCUGAAAAAUGCAAUGAUCCCGGUCCGUAUUUAGUUACUUGCUUGAUUGGUGGGAUAAAGUUCAUGGAUUGUAUGUGCGAUUUGGGGGUGUGCAUAAGCAUUAUGCCACUCCCCAUUUAUGAGAGAUUGAACUUGUCACCCCUAAAGUGGUACGGGGCGAGAUUUGUGUUGGCUGAUAAGAGCAUUGUAUUAGUUGUGAGGAUUACAGAAAAUGUCCUAGUUGACAUCCAAGGAUUACUCUUCCUGGUGGAUUUUCACAUUUUGGAAACCCCUCCAAUUGACUCAAACAAGCCAUCAUCCAUACUCCUUGGAAGGCCAUAUUUGAAGACGGCCCGUUUUAAGCUAGAUGCACAUUCGGGAGUCUAUUCUUUUGAGUCCGAUGGCAAGUUAGUGAAGUUCACUUUAGACGAGUCCAAGAAGCCCGUUCUCGAAGCAUAG